UCGGCUACCAGGAGAACGAAAAUCGAAAUCAAAACGACACCUUGCCUCAAUAAUUUUGGCAAAGGCCUCUGAAACGGCCACACUCCGAUGAUGGAUAAAAGACGCUUGUUUAAUCGGAAACCGGGCUGCUCGAAGAAAUCCAUAUCGUCCAUAUCCGAUUAUCGUCGCACUUCUUUCAUCGAUCCAACACACAACCGUGGUAAAGAAGCGAAGAUGAAUCACUAGACAGAAGAAUUGCACAAAGGGAAUCGACGAACACUUUGCUCGUUGAAUCAUUAACGAAUUAGAGGAUUGUCCAACGCGUGGAACGUCAAUGUCGAUUUAGCCAUCGAGUGCAUACCACCGAUCACAGCACUCUUCCUCUCCAUGUCGAUGUAUCUCAACACAAUUUUUAACGCGAAGAAGAUCAAAGAUGUACUCUUGUCCAUUAAAGAUAAUCACAACUACUACAUGAAUCGUCCAGAAAACGUGAUUCUUCAAUACUAUGACAUGCAAGGGAGCAAAAUUACAUUUUAUUAUGCCUCAUACGUUUAUGUAACAGUGGUGGCUUACAUAACGAUACCAGCAGUAUCAUUAACGUUUGAUCUAAUCAGACCUUCGAAUUAUUCUCAAGAGAAAAGCUUCCCCAUUGAACUCGAUUACGGCGUGGAUACGCAACAAUACUUUUACUAUCUGUUCGUACAUUCGUACGUAACAAUAGCCAUAAUCGCCAAUUUGAUUGCUUCUUGCGAUACCACGUACAUGCUGUACGCGCAACACGCUUACGCUUUGUUUGCAAUUGUCAGUUUUGAAUUGAGAACUGUGCACAUUUUAGAUACGAAUGUCUUGAUGAAGUUAAAGGAUCGUCGCUUGCUCGAAAUGCGUAAAAAUAUCGAAUUAUUAUCGGGAGAACAGAAACAAAUGCACAGCAAACUGUUCCUUUGUAUAAAAGAGCAUCAAAAUGCAAUCAAAUACUCGAAACUUGUUGAAUCACUGUUCACCAAGUCUAUAUUCGCUCAAUUAUUCUUUAACGUUGUCUGCCUUACCAUUGCAGGAGUUGAGACUGUGAUGAAACUAGGUAACGCAGCCGACAUGAUACGAUUUGGAUCGUUUACAUUUGCACAAGCUAUUCACAUAUUCGUCCUCUGCCUUCCUGGACAGAGGCUAUUGAACCACAAUGAGGAAGUACACGCUGCCGCGUGCGAAGCAAUGUGGUAUAUAUUCCCUAAAAAUUGCCAUAAUACAUAUAAAUUUUUGCUUGCAAGAACGUCCGCAUUCAGCAAAAUAACAGCUUUGAAAAUGGCGACCAUGUCAAUGGAAACGUUCCUCGCGAUUAUUCAAAGCGCAAUGAGUUACUUCACUGUACUAUCAUCAGUUACAUGAAUUCGAAUGAAAAAAGUCGAAUAAAUAUCGUAUCU